GCCCCGCUUCGGCUGCCGCCGCGGUAGGAGGCCGGGACGAUGCUGGAGACGCUGCGGGAGAGGCUGUUGAGCGUCCAGCAGGACUUCACGUCGGGGUGGGUCGCGCCGCCUGAGCCGUGGGGGCGGCGGUGUGGCAGGGGACCGCUAGUGAGAGCCGAGCAGGGCUGGGGGGGGAGAGCAGGUGACCGGGUGCUGAGCGGGGGAGCGGGAGGGAGGAAGAGGAGGAGGAGAGCGCGGAGGCGGGGCCGCGGCCUUCCCUCCUCCAGCAAGGGCAAGGGGCCGGGGCUGCGGUGCCUUCCGCUCGCUGCCUGCUGCUGGCGGGCCGGUUGAAGACUUUGGGCGAUAAAUCAAGAGAAGCAAAAAAAAGUAGACAGAGAACUGCUCAGUGUUCACCAGAGUUUUCUGCUGGACUCGAAUUACUGAGCAGGUAUGAAGAUGCUUGGGCUGCCCUUCAUAAAGGAGCCAAAGAUUGUGCAAAAGCUGGAGAGCUGGUGGACAGUGAAGUUGUAAUGCUUUCUGCACACUGGGAGAAGAAAAGGAACAGUCUGGUGGAACUACAGGAUCAACUCCAACAAAUACCUGGAUUUUUAGCAGAUCUGGAAUGCCUUACAGCAAGUCUAGGAAGGAACUUGAGAACUUCAAAGAAUGCUGCUGUGGUAAAGCUUCCACUUCUUAAGGGUUCCUCAGAAGCAUUCUCUUUUCUUACCCCGAAGUUACCACAGAGGGGAACGGAAGGGUUUGUCCUGAGAACCGUAACAAGGAAUCUACAAAUCCUGAGGGUUGUAUCUCUCCAUCAGGCAGCGUCGUCAGAGCAAUUAGCUCAACUUCUGUGUGUAGCUGAGCUGGAUGCCGAACAUGCACAGAAGGUUCUGGAUAUGGAGCACACCCAGCAGAUGAAGCUGAAGGAACGUCAGAAAUUCUUUGAAGAAGCCUUCCAGCAGGACAUGGAGCAGUACCUUUCUACGGGAUACUUGCAGAUAGCAGAGAGACGAGAACCAAUUGGCAGUAUGUCUUCCAUGGAAGUGAAUGUGGACAUGCUGGAACAGAUGGACCUAAUGGACAUGUCUGACCAAGAAGCACUUGAUGUCUUUUUAAACUCAGGAGGCGAGGACAAUAACAUGCUUUCUCCCAUGCUGGGGCCUGACUCCAGCACUUAUGUGAACGAGAUCAGUCUUCAGGUUCCGAGCCAGUCUGAAUUACGCCACAAACUGUCUUCACUGUCAUCCACCUGCACCGAUUCUGCCAGCCAAGAGGCGAGCGAAGGAGAGUCUCCGGUCGUUCAGUCUGACGAAGAGGAGGUUCAAGUGGACACUGCUCUUGCUGCUGUCGCUGAAAGAAAGGGUGCUUCAGAUGUUAGUGAUGAAAGUGACUCUCAAACUAUUUGAAUCUUAAAACCAUAUCCUUUAAGAAUGACUUCUGAAUGAAUGAACAAAUGAAUGAGGAGCUUGCCUGUGUCACAGUUUGCUUACCAAUAUGAACAGCCAGACCUUUUUACUAGUACUACAUACAGCCUUUUUACAGAAUUGCCAGUCAGGUGGAGGUUGGUUUUUAACAAUAAAAAUAUGCCUAAAGCACAUACACUUUAACAGUAGUCUUGGGGCUCAGGGGAGCAGUGAAACUUUUGUAUAUACUAUGUAUAAAAGAAGUAAAGGGGAAAGAUAAAAGAAGUUACUAUGACUGCUAACCUUUAAACGGCUGAUUGGGAAUCUUUCCAUUUGAUGUAUAAUACUGACCCCAAAUUGUUCCUUGCAUGUUUUCAGCUGCUGCAACUGAAGGUUUAAGAUCCAAACCGAAAUGAAAAGCUAUUUUCUACUCUUUGCUACCUACUGUCUCCCUGCCGCUUUUGUCUACUAAUGCAGCAGCGUUUACUAUCUCACACUUCUUAUUCAGGACCAACUUAGUUAUCGUAGGUGUUAAGGAAAAAAAGAGAAAUUAAAAGGAGGAGAGGUACGUAUGGAAGUGUUACGCUCCUCGUGGAGCAGAUACCGUAGCAUUGUGUAAGCUUACUCCUCUUUCGACAUAAAAUAAAGUAUUUCUAUCCCAA